AUGGAGACUUCAGCUUCCUUUGGUGAGUUUCCUACAUCUCCUUCCACUGUUUCAUUUCAAUCUCUCCAUCCUAUGGUGAUGCGAAGCAAGGUUGGAACUGUCAAGCCCAACCCGAAGUAUGCUUUGAUUGUUUCUUCUAUUCCCACUGAGCCACGCACUAUUAAGGCUGCACUUCAACACCCAGGCUGGCGGUGUGCUAUGGUUGAGGAGAUGUGUGCCUUGGCACAGAAUCACACUUGGUGUCUCGUUCCUCGUACCCCGGACAUGAUCGUCGUUGGUUGUAAGUGGGUGUUUAAAUCCAAGCUUCGUUCCGAUGGGUCCUUGGAACGUCUUAAAGCUCGCCUUGUUAUAAAGGCUUCACACAACAAGAAGGUGUUGACUUUCUUGAGACUUUUAGCCCGUAGUGUGUCUGACUCGUCUCUGUUUAUCUAUUGUCAUCACGGGAGUCUUAUUUUUUUGCUUCUACGUAUCGACGAUAUAGUUCUCAUGAGUAAUGAUCCUCUUCUUUUGGAUCGCUUUAUCAUUGCUUUGGGUUUGCAUUUUGUUAUGAAGGACCUGGGUCCUUUGCAUUAUUUUCUUGGUGUUGAGGUUACUUCCACUCCUUAUGGGUUGUUCCUCUCUCAAUCCAAGUAUGCGGAUGAUAUUCUUCAGUGUGCUCACAUGGAGGCUGUUAAGCCCUUGCCUACUCCUAUGGUUAUGCGGUCUUCCUCUAUUAUUGAUCUUACUCCAUUUACUAAUGUUACUCUUUAUCGGAGUGUGGUUGGUGCUUUACAGUAUCUUACUUUGACAAGACCAGACUUAUUUUAUGAUGUUAAUAUUGUGUGUCAGUAUAUGUAUGCUCCUACUGUGGCUCACUUUGGUAUGGUGAAGCGUAUUUUACACUAUAUUCGUGGUACUUUGGAUCAUGGUCUUCGAAUUGUGCGGGAUAGUUCUCUUGAUCUCUAUGCUUUUUCUUAUGCUGAUUGGGUCGGGUGUUCCAUCACACGUCAUUCAAAGAUUGGUUUUUGUACAUUUCUCAGCCCUAACUGUAUUUCUUGGAGUGCUAAGAAGCAUCCUACUGUUGCUUAUUCUAGACAUGGCUUUCCUUUUUGCUUCGUGAUCUUGGAGUUUCCCAACCACGACCAGCUACCAUAUUUUGUGAUAACCUGA